AUGACUCGAGUCUGGUUCGUCGGGUUCAUUGUCUUCUCCUGGAGCAUUACGGGGUCGCUAAGCGCUCAGGAUGCCAUUAAAACGAAUGCCACACAAUUUCUGCAGCAGCAACAGUUCGUCUUUCAAAUUUUAUGGAACCAAGAUGAACUGGCCCAAGUUAAUCCGGACUUGGUGAAGCAAGCAAAGGAAUUCAGGGUAGAAGAUCUGCGCAGCUUACCUCUGGAUUUGGAAUUGGUCGAAGUGUUCAUCGAGCGCUACAACAAUGGACUGCUGGCCCGUGGUCAGUCGGCCACCGUGUUCAACUCGGAGCACUUGGCGGAGAUCAAGAGCUUUUACGGCGUGCUGGCCAGCGCCCAGGAGUUGGCCGCGUUCGCCCUCGUAUCUCUCUGGUCCAGUCAAGUCCUCAACGAGAUAAUCUGGUUUUAUGGCUUCGUGAUCGCGGUCAUGCAACGGCCAAGCACUCGAAACUUGAGGCUACCAAAUCUGCACGAGCUGCUGCCCCAGUACUUUUUUAAUAACGACGCGAUUACCCAGCUGUACAAGGCUAAAUCCGAGACUUGCUUCGAAGGCAUGGCUAACGAAACGAUCAUAAGAGCGGAAUACUCGAAAGUUGUGUCGGCCUACUACAACGAUCCAGAGAGCAAAAUAUCCUACUUUACCGAAGACGUAGGCCUAAGCGAUUAUUACUUCUUUUUGGUGAACGAGUCUCCGUUUUGGUUGGCUAGCCAGCAGAUGACUUUUCCGGUGCCGCCCCGAGGCGAGAGAUUCUUCCACGAUCAUCAGCAGAUUCUGGCGCGCUACAAUUUGGAGCGGCUGUCGCACGACCUCGAGUUCACGGAGGAUCUUGACUGGGAUCACAACGUCGUAACUGGAUUCUUGCCCAACAUGGCCGACUACAACGGUCAAAUAUUUCCCUCUAGAUCGUCGAAUUCUCCGGUGCCCUACUACAAGUACCAAGAGUUGCGGAUGGCGAAAAAUUUCGAGUCUCGAUUGACCGCUGCAGCCGACUCGGGCGAGCUCGUGUCGUCCAACUCAACGGUCUACCGUGCUGCCGAGCUUCCUACUUUUUUCUCUCAUCUAAUGGACGCUGCGCAGAGUAACGCCGAUUCGGUGAAUCUCGAUUUUUACGGGUCCAUGGAGACGAGCGGUCGGCGCAUUCUCGGCUUCAAUCCGCAGCCCUGGAACAAAUUCAUCGAGACUAUCAGCGCCAUGGAGAACUACAAUGCUGGUCUGCGAGAUCCAGCCUUCUACAGGCUGUACAAAAAGAUCGUUGACAUUGGCCACAGGUACAAGUCGCACUUGGCGCCCUAUCGGCCGGAAGACAUCAGCUUUCCCGGUGUCACGAUCACGAGCGUCAGUUCCAACGACGUCGACACCUUCUUCGAUGACUUCGAUUCGCUGGUGGGUCGGCGCUCCUGCUCCUACUACAACAGGCCGAUUUUUUUCCGACAGAAGCGACUGAAUCACGACUCGUUUCGGCUUACUAUCAAGGUCAAGAGCGACUAUCCAGUGCUAUCUGUCGUGAGAAUUUUUAUAGGGCCAAAGCACAACGCGCGUGGAUUCGAAAUCGAUAUCAGCGAGUCGCGCAAGUACUUUUUUGAACUCGAUGCAUUUUUUGUGGCCCUACCCAAAGGUAUCAGCAUGCUGAGACGGAGCGAGGACGAUUUCGUGAUCCGUGCUCCGAUCGAAGAGCCUAGCGACGUGAUUUACGAAAAAAUCAAGCGAGCACUGCGAGAUAAAAACUACCCCUUCGAGUACUAUCAACAGCCGUACGGUUGGCCUCGGCGACUUUUACUGCCUCGCGGCAAGCCCGAAGGUCAAACUUUCCGAAUCCUCGUGAGCAUCAAUCCUUUCAAGCUCGACCCCUUGGUCUCGAAUCCUCUGAUCGCCGGCCAUUGGUCGAUCGAUGGCCGACCGCUGGGAUUCCCGCUGGACAGGCCGAUCGAGUCCCACGACUUCUGGAGGCCCAACAUAGCGCAAGGAGACAUGACGAUAUAUUUUAGAGAUCAGAAGAAAACGUUUGGUUGUACAAUGUGUUGGAACUAG